CAAGAAGCUUCUCUUCUUGCAUUGUUUCUCUCGUCAAAGCUGAUUCCUCCUCUAGCCAUGCUCCUCUACUACUCUCUCGUUGCUCAUCAAGAAAUAUAUGACAGGUAGCCAGCUAGACAAGAUGAAGCGCUCUUAUCUAGCUCUUCAGUUGCAUUAGAUUCAGACAUGCUCCAUCUGCCCUAGAUAUCCAAGAAAAUUCCCUCCCAAAACAUUUUCUAGAUCUUGUGCGCUAUAUAUCUAGCGAGCGAGAGAGAGAGAGACCGGCCAAUUGAUCCCAUGCUGCACAUGGACCUGAGCUUGGGCACACUGGUAGAAGUAGAAGACAGUCAAGAAGUGCAAGAAGAAGACAACAACUUGUACAAGCAGCAACGGGCUCUAGGUCAAGAUCUGCACCGCCGGCAAGGUGUCAGCGGCGGCGGGCCGAGCCACAGCCACGGGGUGGAGCGGGAGCACAUGUUCGACAAGGUGCUGACCCCGAGCGACGUAGGCAAGCUCAACCGGCUGGUGGUGCCAAAGCAGCACGCGGAGCGGUUCUUCCCGGCGGCCGGCGCCGGGUCGACGCAGCUGUGCUUCCAGGACCGCGGCGGGGCGCUGUGGCAGUUCCGCUACUCCUACUGGGGGAGCAGCCAGAGCUAUGUCAUGACCAAGGGGUGGAGCCGCUUCGUCCGCGCCGCACGACUUGCCGCGGGGGACACCGUCACCUUCUCCCGCAGCGGCGGCGGCCGAUACUUCAUCGAGUACCGCCACUGCCAGCGCCGGCGCCGCGACGUCGAUAUCAGCUUCGGCGACGCUGCCACCGUGCCGGCGUGGCCGAGGCCGAUAGUUAUCGGAACCGCGGCCAUGAAUAAUGGGGGUGCAACGGUGGCGUCCGCCACCAUCGCCGGCCAUGACAUCGAGGUGGCAGUGGCACCCUCGGGGGCGAGGAGCUUCAGGCUCUUCGGGUUCAAUGUUGAGUGCAGCGGCGACGAUGCACCGGCACCGGCACCUGCUCCCGCCGAAGUGGAGUAUGUCGACGGCGACACCUAGUAGCAGCGGCGGCGUAGAGUGCGCAGAGAGACGAUGAACGAUGGUGAUCUACUGAUCAGGGACCUUAUUACACCAUAGGUGGCGUGCAUGCCUUGUUGAAUCUUAAUUAGUCAUGUUAUUUCUUUGUUGAUUCCCAUUUGCACUGAUGAUUUAUUUUAGGUCGUAACUGCAUGAAGCUAGUAACUAAUGGUCCCUUGUUGAUUAUGGCCAAUGCAAGAGGGUAAUUAUUUACUAUGGUUUAGUUGAGCAUCUAGCUGUCCCUGAGAUUGAUGAACAAACGAUCAUAAGGUUUUGAAUCA